AUGUGGGACACGCAUCGACUGGAGUUGCAAGCCAAGGCGCUUUUCCCUGUUUUAGCUUUCAUGGCGUUUGUCAGCUUUGCAGCCGUAAGAGGUCAUGAAGCAUUCGUAACGCUUGGAAUCAUGGAAUUUGUCAUUACUACAUUAUUCUUUUUGCUGUAUCUGUUUGGGCUACAAAAGAAACUGCAUUUUUUCUUUUGGCCAUUAGCUGAUGUUUUCAACAGUCUUGUGGCAGCAUUGUUCCUCAUCAUUGUGGGUCUGUGUGCAACAUUAAUCAAGACCAACACUGGAACUUUAGUCGGAGGAGUGUUUUGUCUGCUGUUGUUUGUCCUUUGUAUAGCAGACGCUGUAAUCCUCUUGAAAAUGAUUACCUUUAACAAGGAGGCCAGAAGGAAUGUUACUCACAAGUAGAAUGACCAGCUAACAACUUGGAAAGCCUGUUGAGCAAUAGGCUUUUUGUGCUGCAAUCUCCUGUGUACCUUUCUUUUAAAAAAUUAAACAUUAGGGCAAGAUCCAGCCUGUCAAAUACUUUUAAGUCCCGCUAUUUUCAACAGGAGGAAUCUACGUAUGUGCUUAAUUCUUCCACUAAAAUCCAGGGGACAUAAAGAGCCUUUGGUUUGGCUGGAAUGGGCACUCACAUUUUUAUUUAUUUUUCCUGUGCACCUUUCCAGAUUAGUUCACUUUAUUGACCAGUAUGGUUAGUCUUUAAAUUUAAAAGAAA